CAUCCAUCCAUCCACCCACCCAUCCAUCCAUCCACCCACACAUUCAUCCAUCCAUCCAUCUACCCAUCCACCAACCCACCCACUUACCCACCCAUCCAUUAUCCAUCCAUCCAUCCAUCCAUCCAUCCACCCACCCACCCACCCACCCACCCAUUCAUCCAUCCAUUCAUCCAUCCAUUCAUCUACCCAUCCACCAACCCACCCACUUACCCACCCAUCCAUUAUCCAUCCAUCCAUCCACUCACCCAUCCAUCCACCCACCCAUUCAUCCAUCCAUCUACCCAUCCACCAACCCACCCACUUACCCACCCAUCCAUUAUCCAUCCAUCCAUCCGCCGACCCCAUUCAUCCAUCCAUCCAUCCAUCCAUCCACCCACCCACCCACCCAUUCAUCCAUCCAUCCAUCUACCCAUCCACCAACCCACCCACUUACCCAUCCAUCCAUCCAUCCAUUCAUCCCUCUACCCACCCAUUCAUCCAUCCGUCCAUCCAUCCACCCACCCAUUCAUCCAUCCAUCCAUCCAUCCAUCUACCCACCCACCUACCCACCCACUUACCCACCCAUCCAUGAUCCCUCCAUCUAUCCAUCCACUUAGCUAUCCACCCAUCCACUCACCUAUCCAUCCAUCCAUCCAUCCAUCCAUCCAUCCAUCCAUCCAUCCAUCCAUC